GUGGAUACUGUUUCCGUUAUUUAGCUUGACUUCCGGCUAGCUUGUUUUCGACUUCGCAGAGUUGGCAACCUUAUCUAACAGUAGUGUAUUGGUCGUAUUGUGUUAGUUGUAUAAUAAUUUGAUAAUAAUGUCGGGGGGAACUCGCCUAGAAAACGCCAAUCCUCUGAUAUUUCAGCGAUCGGGGGAAAGACGCCUCACUGCCACUGAUGAAGAUGAGGAUGUAGCGGAUCCCAUCGAUGACAGGGAGAUCUUCGAUCUGAUCAGAUCGAUCAAUGACCCUGAGCACCCACUGUCCCUCGAAGAGCUGAAUGUCGUGGAACAAAUGCGCGUCAAUGUGAAUGAUCAGGAGAGCAUGGUGUCUGUGGAGUUCACACCGACCAUCCCACACUGCAGUAUGGCCACACUCAUUGGCCUGUCCAUCAAAGUCAAGCUUCUGCGCUCCCUUCCUGACAGAUUUAAGAUUGACGUUCACAUCACUCCUGGCACACAUGCCUCAGAGGAUGCAGUCAAUAAGCAGCUUGCAGACAAAGAGAGAGUGGCAGCAGCUCUGGAGAACUCUCAGCUGCUGGAGGUGGUCAACCAGUGUCUGUCCUCCAGAGCCAUGUGAUCCCAAGAAUCCUGCCGCUGUUGUUGUGUAGUCCUUUGACAGUCAGGAUUGAACACUUACAGGCAAGCCAGAGUUGAGUGAUAAUAACAGUGCUAUUAUUUGUGGCUAUUUUUUAUAUAUCUGGUGCUGUACUCCACAAACAACACCAGACCAGGAGGACUGUUUAGUGCUUAAAAAGUGAGAGAUGCUUCCAAGUAGAGUUUAAAAAUGUGUCAGGAAAAGAAACGGUGGUAAUAGAGAAUUCAUGUGGAACCAAAAUAUAUAUAUUUUUUUUUUCUGUUUGACAGUACGUGGAUACAGAAAGAAAUGUUAUUCUGUAAUUCUGUCAUAUAUUUAUGAAUAUGUACAAAAUGACUUUACUUUUAGAAAGUUGUGGACUUUUCAAAUACAUUUUUUAUUGGUCAAAAUGGAAAAUGUGUGCAACAGAAAAAACAGAAAGUAUUGCUGUACUAACAUUUCACCCAACCGACCUUGAUCAAUACCAGCACCUCUGUGAGUUUAGAAAGGCUAAAAUGUCCUCCUGGAAAGAAGACAGGGGUUGUGGCACAUGAAUAAAUUGCUUUGUUAAUUUUCACCCAAUACCAUUAACCUUUGACCUUCACAGAAGCACACAGAAGCUGUCAGCGGGUGGAUGGCGAUCUCUUUCAGGCCAAUGCAGAGUAGAGCAGCCAGAUUUAUAGUAUCAUUGGUUGGAAAAGAACCUGAAAUAAAAGCACUUGUCCAUUAAAUAUAACAUGUGACUCUCUUGAUAUUCUCUUUGUCUAUAAAUCCUUUGUGUGGAUGAUUCAACAUCUCAGGAAGAGACUCAUUAUGAACUGAAGUACUGGCCAAAGUUGUGCUAGUUUAACGUGAUUUAUAGUUUAAUAAUGCACACACUGCAUUCUCAAAAUGCCAUGCAGAGCUUCUAAGAAUAAAGAAAAUGUUAUGAAUGCUAUGAAACAGCAAACUGACAAAUGUGAAAUACAAACAUAUGAGUUCUCUAUGGCAGCUAAUGCAGUUAUUUUAAUCUCAGAAUGCCAUAACACUUAUACUGUAUAACUGGACAUAAUUCAAAUGAGCACAGUAGGCCUACAUUCAAUAAAGAGUGUGUAAGCAGACAUAA